AUUUGUAUGUGAAUUUUUUUUUUGAAAAGUUUUGUUUUUUUUUGUCAAAUGUUGUUAGUAACCGUCAUGGCAACCUUUCCUGGUUGCUAUUGUGGAUAUUUAUUUGUCAUAAUAAUAAAAAAAAUUCAAAAACAAACCACAACAUUCAAUUUUUGAUGUUAUUCAAUCAAUUUAAAUUGUUUUCUAAAAAAAAUGAAAUCAAAUCUAUUGUGGCAAUAUCAGUUAAAAGAUAAAGAUAAUCAACCACUAUGCAUCUAUGAUUUAGCCAUUUCACCGGAUGGAAAUUUAUUAUUGGCUGUAGCUGAUCAAAAAAUCUAUGUUUAUGAUAUUUUAAAAAAAUCAUUGAUAGAAUCAUUGAAAGGUCAUAAAGAUAAUGUUUAUUGUAUAUGCUAUGCACAUGAUGGUAAACGUUUUGCAACCGGAUCAGCUGAUAAACAAGUGAUUAUAUGGACAUCGAAAAUGGAAGGCAUUCUUAAAUAUUCACAUAAUGAUUCGGUUCGAUGUGUACAAUAUAAUCCAACAUCAUAUCAAUUAUUAAGUUGUACAUCAUCAGAUUUUGGUCUUUGGUCACCGGAACAGAAAAAUGUUACGAAAAUUAAAGUAACAAGUCCAAUCAAUUGUUGCUGUUGGAAUGAAGAUGGUAUCAUAUUUGCACUUGGAUUCAAUUCCGGUCACAUUUCGAUCAGAUUCAAAAAUGGUGAUGAAAAAAUGAAAAUUGAACGUAAAAAUGCCAUCUGGGGUGUACUGUUUUUCAAAACAAAUGAUGAAAAAAUGGAAGAUAGAUUAUCAGUAGUGGAUUGGUCAACCAAAAGCAUUUCCAUAUAUGAUGUGGAUGGCAAUCAGAAUGUUCAGGAACGAAACAUUGGUUAUGAUCCACUAUUCAUAUCAUCAUUAUUGGGAAAUGAAUUUUUUCUUAUCGGUGGCACAAAUAAACAGGUGAUCGUUUAUACGGUCGAAGGAAUCGCUCUCGAUACAAUUACCACAAAAGAAUCGUGGAUAUGGUGCUGUAAAGCUCAUGGAAAUCGAAUGGCAAUCGGCUGUCAAGAUGGUACUCUAUCAAUGUAUCAAAUAUCAACAAUGACCGUACAAUGUUUACAUGAACAACUUUAUGCAUAUCGUCAUUCAUCAAUGACGGAUGUUCUAGUCCAUCAAUUGAAUACGAAUGAAAAAACACUUAUCAAAUGUAGAGAUUUGGUGAAAAAGAUUGCUAUUUAUAAGACAUUAUUGGCUAUUCAACUAGCAAAACGUAUAGUUCUUUAUGAAUGCAACAAUGAAGGAAAACUAAAUUAUCGUAUCAAAGAGAAAAUCAAUACAGAAACGAUCAAUGAUUGUACAAUGAUCAGGUUAUGUUCAUCGAAUCUGAUUAUCGUUCGCGAUGAGAAUGUAAUACAAUCAUUAAAUUUCAACGGAAAAUUGGAAAAAGAAUGGAAUUUUAAAUCAUCCAUUAAAUAUCUGAAAACAAUCGGUGGUGUACCUGCCAAAGAAUCAUUAUUGAUCGGUCUUAAAGAUGGACAAGUAUUGAUGAUUUUCAUAUCGAAUAUUAUACCGGUUGAGCUGAUUAAAAUUGGUAAUCCGAUUCAAUAUAUUGAUAUCAGCAUAAAACGACAAAAAGUUGCCAUCAUUGAUGAUAAAAAUAAUUGUUUGGUGUAUGAUUUACGUAACAAACAACUUAUAUUUGAGGAACCAAGCGUAAAAAGUGUUGUUUGGAAUAGCCGUUUCGAUGAUUUGCUUUGUUUUGCUGGAUCUGGAUUUGUAGCAAUUAAAAUGGCAAAUAUUCCUAUGCAAACAAUCGAGUUUUCCGAUCAGGCAAAUGUAAUUGGAUAUUCGGGCAAUAAAAUCUAUCUACAAUACAAUGAUAUGAAAAUUAUUUGCCAUGAAAUUGCCUAUUCCAGGAUAUUAUUGCAUUAUAUUCAGCUGAAUAAAUUCACUGAAGCAUACCGAAUAGCAUGUUUGAAUGUGACAUAUGAAGAUUGGCAAAUGUUAACAAAUCAGGCUAUGAAUAAAUGUGAAUUUUCAAUUGCACGAAAAUGUUUCCAACGAAACAAUGAUUGGCCAUAUAAUGAAUUGUUGUAUUCGUAUUUUCAACAAACGGAUUCGAUAUCGAAUGAGAAUCGAAAACAAUUAUUAUUGGCUAAAUAUCUAGCAUAUAAAGGACUGUUUGCUGAAUCGGCAAAAUUAUAUAAAAAGAUCAAUGCACUACAUUUAGCAUGGGAAAUGUUUACCGAUCUUCAAAUGUAUGAUCAGGCUAAAGAAUAUGAAAAUCAUCAAAAUCAACAGGUUUCGUCAUUAUCAGUAGCAACAGCGGACAAUUUCACCAAUCAACAACAACAACAACAAAGACGACAACAAUCCAGUAACAACAAUGCUUUCAAUGAUUUACAAACAUUGAGUAAAGUUUGCAUUGCAAAAGGUGAUUAUGAAAAAGCAUUUGAAAUAAUUUCAAAAAGUGAUGCCAACAGUAUCGUAUCAUUUGCCGAACAAAUUGAUAAAGGUGAAAUUAAAUUAUUAAAUUUAAUUGCCGAAAGUUUUCUAAACAAACAAGAUUAUGUGAAUGCCAUACAAAUUUAUCGUAAGAUUGGUGAUUUCAAAAGUUUAGCACUUACCUAUAUACACAAUAAUCAAUGGGAAGAAGCAUUGAAAAUUUGUAACGAUAUACCAUUAAUGAAACAAGAAAUUUAUUUUCCAUAUGCAAUGUGGUUGGCUGAAAAUGAUCGAUUUGCUGAAGCACAAAAAGCAUUCUAUGAAUCAGGAAAAUAUCAGGAAUCCAAACAAGUAUUGGAACGUUUAUUGAAAAAUUCAAUAAUUGAAAAUCGUUUCAAUGAUGCAAGUUAUUAUUCAUGGCUUUUGGCCAAUCAUUGUAAUCAGAUUUACAAUGACCAACAAAAUGAUGAUGAACAACAAAACAACAACAACAAUAACAAUAACAACAACAAGAAGAAAAUCGAAAUGAAUGAUUGGCAAAAAUUACAUGAACAAGCCGAAAUCUAUCAUGCAUAUCAAUAUAUUUACAAAUAUAUCGAAGAACCAUUCACAUCGGUUUAUGCUGAAAUCCUUUUCAAUUCGGCUUUAUUUCUAUUCCAAUACAUAGAUGGAGAUCUAUUACCACAAGCUGUUUCAAUGCCGUACAUUCUAUUUGCAUUGGCUAAAUUGGGCAAAACAUUGGGCCAUUAUAAAUUGGUUAGAAUUGCAUAUAAAAAAUUGAAUAAUCUUCGAUUACCGGAUAAACUAUCGGAAUCGAUUCAAAUCGGUAGCAUUGAAAUUCGUACAAAACCAUUCGUUGAUGCAGAAGAAUUGUCACUAUUCUGUUAUCGUUGUUCAUCACAAUAUUCAUUGAUUAAUGGCAAAUUGAAUCGUUGUGUCAAUUGUGAUCAUAGAUUUAUACAUUCAUUCUAUUCAUUCGAUAUCUUACCGUUAGUUGAAUUUGAAAUCAAUAUUUCGGAUGAAAAUUUCCAGAAAAUAUUGGAUUCAAAUAGUGAUGAUAAUGAUGAUGGUGGUGAUAAAAAAUCAUCAUUCGGCCAACGACAAUCACCACGAGAACGACGACGACGACGAACAUCAUUGGUAAACGAUUCUGAAGUGUUCACCAAUGAUUUAUUAUUGAAUGAAAAAACUGAAUCUGAACAACUGACGAUUAAUUUUGGCGAUGAAAUCAAUCCCGAAACAAAUGUGGCCAUUUUGAAUGAAAAAUAUCUUGAUCAAUUGAAUCAUUCAAAUGUCAUCAUUGUACAGGAUAAUGUUUCAGAUCGAAAUCAUUAUUAUUUGAAUAUGAUGCCCGAAAUUGGAAUCGUUGCUUGUCCAUUCUGUCAUAAGGUUUGUUUAUAUCAAUCUUUUAUAUCAAACUUUAACAAUAUAAAUUUUCCCAUAGUUUUUCUACAAUGAUGAAUAUGAAUUUCAAAUUCUAAAAAAUGGAAAUUGUCUCUU